GAGCUGUCAGUCAAACCGAAAGCAAAAAAGCAUAUAUAAACACUCACACACAUUGAACACACACCAUUACCAAUCCGAGAUUUUAACUAGGCAGUGGAACGUAUUUUCAACAAAUUCUAGCUAAACAUGGGUAACUAUUUCUCCCAUAUUUUCUCUCGUCUCUUUGUGAAAAAGCAGAUUAGAUUGCUUAUGGUUGGUCUGGAUGCAGCAGGGAAAACAACAGUCCUCUACAAACUCAAACUUGGUGAAGUUGUCACAACUAUUCCAACUAUUGGUUUUAAUGUUGAAACAGUAGAUUAUAAAAACAUCUCUUUUACUGUGUGGGAUGUUGGUGGUCAGACCAAAAUCAGAGGUCUUUGGAAAUAUUAUUAUCAGUACACUGAGGGUCUGAUCUUUGUGGUGGACAGCAGUGAUCAGGACAGGAUUGAAAUGGCAGCAGAGGAACUAAAUAUGAUGCUGGCGGAGGAUGAGAUGAGAGACGUUGUUCUGUUAGUUCUCGCUAACAAGCAGGAUUUACCCAAAGCCAUGGCGGUCCACGAGCUGACAGAGAGACUGGGUUUACACGCACUGAGAGGAAGACAGUGGUUCGUUCAGCCCACAUGUGCGGUUCAAGGGUCAGGGUUAUAUGAAGGACUGGACUGGCUCUCGGAUCAACUGUCCAAACGAUAAAACACUACAGAGGAAAAUACACUAAAUCAUGACUGAAUGUAUAUAUUAUGUCUCCAGAUUUUUUAUUUUGAGAUAUUCAUGGAUUAUUAUUAUUAUACAUCUUUAUAUAUAAUUCUUGUUCAGUAAAUUUUACCACUAUAAACACAUUUUUAAAUAAUUUUAGGCCUAUUUUUGAUUCUAAUGUACAUGGACUUGCCUAUACCUUUGAUACGUGCCUUUCAAAUACACUAGAUUAUGUAUAUGACUGAAUUUAUAAAUUAUGCACUACUGCUGUACUAUGUCUACACUGUUAUAUGUCAUGUUUGACUUGUUUUGGUGUGUGUUCUAGAUGAGCUGAUGUCUGCCUGGAAUAUUUAUCUGUGCCUUUAAAAUAUAUCCAAUAAAUGAUGUAUAUUUACAA